UAACCUUGAAUUUUUCAACGUAGGAGAGAGAGGGGGAGAGACGUCACGUGACGCCAGUCGGCUCUCAACGACAUCAAUGUCUAGAUGACGGGUUUCCUGGUGUCAACACGCAAUGGCAGAAAGAUGCACCUAUAAAAUGUUUGUGGGCUUGUCAGUUUAUCCAAGGAUUCUAUGUAGAUCUACUUGUAAGGGAAGUUUGACUUCAUGGUACCCUGUAUUCUGUGCUUUAAUAUUGGUGCUGUUAUUGGUGUUACAGCUGUCGAUGUCGGUUUUGCUUAAUACGGGUAAUGGCCCUCCUGAUAAUUACGUGGAACAUGUUGUUAGGAAAUUAACGGAAUUGGAGUAUGCUAACCUUGAAGCCGAGUCAGUAUCUUCCAACAGAGCAGGAAGUAACAUCAUAUACCUGUGUGAUGCUUUUCCACAUGGUUUAGAGGGGAAGAUAGAACCUUUGUCACUUUUAAAAACAUUCCCUGAAGUACGACCCGGAGGAUUUUGGAGACCCACUGAUUGUGAGCCACGACACACGGUGGCCAUUGUUGUGCCAUACAGAGACCGAUUGGAGCAUCUGGAAAUAUUUCUAAAAUAUAUCCACCCAAUACUGUUCAGGCAGAAACUAGAGUAUAGGAUUUUUAUAGUAGAACAGCAAAAUAUCUUAUGAUAUAAGUGAUAAAUCUUCAAAAGCCAGAGGAAUAUUUUAAUUUGAAACUAAAAUGUCGUAGUAAAUACAUAUAUAGUCUGAUUUAUAUCAGUUAGCAUUGAGGUUAAUAAAUCGAGACAAAUGUUAAACAUAUCAUUAGCGUUUCAAGCUCAUACUGUACAUAUACAAUGUACAUUGUACAUAUAUCUGGUCUCUUGUGCACCACAACUACCAGACAUGAUAUAUUUUCCAGCACUGUCAAGUGCACCCACCAACUUAACAUUUAAGUGUGUCGUAAAGAUAUCACCUUUUCAUUUUGUAAGUAGGCCGUGGAGAUUAUUCUUAUUUACUGGUGCCAUAAAAAUGAUCAAUAACAAUCCCUGUGGCACUGCAUGCCAUGAAAAUUUGCACAAGGUGGAAAUUACUUCUAAGCGAUAAGGAUAACUUUCCAUGCACCUGAAUUUAGUUCGACAUUUAGUGUUAGUAAUUGACAGAUAUUAAUACAAUAAUUGGCAACAAAAUUAAAAUUGAAAAAUCAGACAAUGUGAUGAAGUCUCCAUCCACUGCUUGAGCUAGCCUGAAAGAACAAACUGUUUUAUCAAUAUUUAUAGGUGAAGUAGAUUUGCUCAAGGCAACAUAAAUGUAGUAUAUGCUGCAACAUUGUGACGUUGCUUAAGAGGCCUUAAAGGGCCUAACCAGGACGUAGAUUGCACCUAACAACUAAACUAAACGGUCGUUGUGCAAUGAUUUAAUUUUUUUUUAAUAUUGUGACGAGUAUUUUAGAUAGUUAAAUAUCAAGCAGGCAUGAAAUUCCACAGGUGAUCAAAAAACUGACAGGUGCAUGUAGAUUAGACUAGCUAAAGGGUACUGUCUGGGUUAGCAAAAAAGUACUUACUGCCUUACACACAUUUUUGGGAUAAUAGAUAAAUAUUCAGUGAUCACUGGCUAAAUUGCUUAGCAUUUACAGAAAUGUCAUUUUACCGAUGGCGUAAUAAUUACAGUUUUGGGUUAAAAUUAUAAAAUCGGUUUCUCAAAUUUCUCCUUUAUCUGAACACCCAGGAACAACGUGUCAACACCAUUUUAAUGGCUUCGUUGAGUACUUUAAAACCCUGCCACCGAUUUUUCUUAAAAGCCUCACUUCAGGUUUUAUCGUUAAGAAAGCAAAACAAAGCCUUUGCUCAAUUAUCAUUUAAUCAUUUAAACCAAGAUGACAGUACGAGAGUAAAGCCCAUACUGGUUGUGCCUAUAAUUCGCGCGACAAUCCGUACGCGUAUUCUCCAUGUACGUAUUUACUCUGUACUCACGCCCCCUGCGAGACAAUGGGUUGUUUUGAUAAACGACAAAAGCCUGUGCGGGUACCAAACAAUAGCGACGUGAACUCAUACAGAGCCUAAGCGCACAGGGGGAGGAGCGCAUAUGUAAAUUAUUGUACGGGCGACCCUUGGAGACGGGAGUUCGUCCUCGCCAAGCGCGACGGGAAGUAAAUUGAUGCGCGCUAUAAUCCGACUUAAUUAACAGCUUUCAACUUGGCAGUAUUGCACCUUGCUCUAGGCUGAAUGUCGACCUGCCGUCUCGUUGUUUUGUUUGCUUCUUACAAUCAGGGGAAUGGGCCUCUGCUAUUUAAUACAUUUGGAGGAUUUUUUUGUAGUUUUGGUGAAUUUCUCGAGCGAUCAGUCUGUGGCCCAUACCAAUUAACUCUUCCGAUCUUGGCAGAAGUCUCCCUAAUUUUGGACGUAUCUACCGAUCUCCCUUUUGUCUCGAUACAUCACACUUUUCUCUUUGUCCUUACGUUUGGAAACUUCUCAGGUUAAGUGAUAGGGGUAUAGAUAGCACUAAACAAUAAAAAGAAAAUACCAACGACAAAGCCGUGCCAGGUCUUCGUGUGAGUAACAUCCAAAACACUGUACAUGUAUGUUGUUUUCGUGGAGACGAAGCUGGUUUCGAAAGGAACCUAAAUAGCGAUAAUUAAAACCACAGCUGGGUAAGCUACCUGGACAUUGUAAUAAGUGAUAGAUACAAUACAAGUCGCCGAACUUGAAAUACAACGAGCGUAUUGUCGAGCCACAGGUUGAGUAAUUUUCGGGUACAGCUCGGUGGCGAGUGUUGUAUCUAGCUUAAACCACAGCCUCUCAUCGGUUAAUGCAAUGUCCUCGCGAUAUAUUACUGAAUGCCAGCUGAGCGGUGGAAAAUUAAUUCCAUGCAAAAAUUCUUGUUGGGCAUUAGAAAAAAUGAUCCAAAAUGACUUACGGGUGUGUCAAUUUGCCUAACGGCAAGGGCUUAAGUGUUGGUGCAAGAUCGGUCACAUAACUGCAUUCGCUUACUGCAACUCCUUGAAUUAUGAAAUAGAUUAAUAAAAAAAAAAGAUCUUUAACUGAUACGUGUGCAAAUGCUGUGGAGGAGAGUUCGCCCAAACAAAUCAUUAAGGGUAAAUGGCAUUUGAUUAGCCUUUGUCGUGAACACAAUAACAUCAUGUAUGAAGUAAGUCCAAAUUAACAAAGUUUUAAUUUUUUUCAAUUUGCUUCAUGUAUUAUAACAAGAAUAAUUAUCAAUGUUGUUUUCAUGUGUACAUGUACGUCCUAGGGAUGGAUGGUGGAAGUAAAAAGACUGUCAUACUUUUUUUGAUAUCCCGCUUGUCGGCGGUGGAAAUUACAAUACAACGCUUUGUUUGCUGGUUAAUGAUCGCAUUAAAGGUAUACUGUGAUGAAAAAACGGGUUAAAACUAUCCAUUAGGUGCCCAAAAGUCAUUUUUGAGUAAUGAAAAAAAAGUUCUUACGUUUAUUUAGUUUUUAAAGACGAUUUUAUGCAGGUGUGAAUGUAGUU